AUGCCCGACGUCUCGCAACCCGAAGUUCGGCACCCACGGCCUACCGACCACCGCGACGCAGAACCUCUCGUGAAGAUAUACAAAGGCGGCCAAGUCGUCAUAGCGGCCACUGAAGUGCCGUACUCCGCGAUCUGCAGUGCGCGGGGGACGCUGUCUGUACUCGAGGACGCUCUCGCGCGCGGCGAGGGAAGCCUUUCAGGUUCUACACUUAUAGAUGAAGCUGUCGACGCGAACGAGGUGUCGCGCGCUUCUACGCCUACUAGUACGUCUGGAGAGACUAUAUAUGUGGAUACAUCUGAGGUCGGCAGUCCACGUUCGGAGAAUGCGUUCCUUUCACCAACGCUCUCGUCUAUCUCAUCCCUCUCACCCUCGCCCUCUCCUCCUGCAACACCUAUUGUGCGCGCAACGAGGAUCGAAGAGCCGGAGCGUGUCGCGGUUGCAACUCCCGCGGAGCGCACCUCGAACGAUCGUACUCGCGACGACGGGUCGGGAGGUGGAAGACACGAGCGUCUUCGCCAGGAUCCGUCUCCCCGACAGCCUUCCCGCGAGAGACAAGAGCGCGCCCGUGUCAGCGAUGAGGCUUCUGCUGCCGAAAGUCCGGCUUCGGCUCAGCGGCGCGAGGAGCAUCACCAUCGCGACCGUGCAACUCAGGCACCGGAGCGCACGGGCACAGCGAAGGGACGCACAGACGAAGCUGCUUCGAGACCCACCCCCGCCUCUCAGAGCCGUGCCGAUGACCGAUCUUCGAACGCGAGAUCGUCCGAGCAAACGUCGGCCAGGUCCCGCGCCGUUGAGGAAGAAGAUCGGCAGAAGACGCGUGGCCGACACUCCAACGUCGCGGACAGGCGCGAGCCUGCGGUUGCGCGAGUCCGUAUUGAGGAUACGCGCGUUCGCGACUCAGCUCGCGAAUCUUCCGGUCGUGACCAUGGUCAUCGUGAGCGCGAAGAGAGGUCCAGUGGUGAGGGACGAUCGGAGGCGAAGGAUCGUCGUUCGUCGAGCGGUGGGGAGCAGCUGCGCACUCAGCAGAAGCCUCGUCCAGCUCAGACCGCGCAAGCAAACGUCGAAGUCGCACGCAACACAUGGGCAGACAAAACGACGCUCGAGAAAUGCGCCAUCGUUAUACCUGCUUACCUCGUCGGGGUGCCGCUCGCACUCGGCGCGACCUAUGGGGCGCUGCAGGCGACGGAUUGGCUCGUUCAUCAGGCGAUGCAUGUGGUGGACAAUGCGGGUUUCUUUUGGGCGUAUACUGUGGCUAUGGCUCUGCAUAAGAUGGGAUUCCGCGGGUGA